ACAUUGUCGCCGCCAUGGCAGCCUCCUCUUCCCGGCCUGCCGUCUUGGCCCUCACCGGGCUGGCGCUGAUCCUGCUGCUGUGCGUGGGACCAGGUGGCAUAAGAGGAAAUAAGCUCAAGUUGAUGCUUCAAAAACGAGAAGCACUUGCUCCAGCAAAGACUGAAGUGGCUGUUGAUGAGAACAAGGCCAACGAAUUUCUCAGCAACCUAAAGCGCCAGAAGCGGCAGCUCUGGGACCGGACCCGGCCGGACGUGCAGCAGUGGUACCAGCAGUUCCUCUACAUGGGCUACGAUGAAGCGAAAUUUGAAGAUGACAUCACCUACUGGCUAAACCGUGAUCGGAACGGACACGACUACUACGAUUACUACCAAGGGCACUAUGAUGAAGACUCGGCCAUCGGCCCCAGGAGCCCCCACAGCUUCAGGCACGGUGCCAGCGUCAACUACGAUGACUACUAG